AUGAGCUUCGGCUCGGAGCACUACGUGUGCGCCUCCUCCUCUUACCGCAAGGUGUUCGGGGACGGCUCACGCCUGUCCUCGCGCCUCUCCGGGGCUGGCGGCGCGGGGAGCUUCCGCUCGCAGUCGCUGUCCCGCUGCAAUGUGGCCUCCUCGGCCGCCUGCUCCUCGGCCUCGUCGCUCGGCUUGGGCCUGGCCUACCGCCGGUCCCCGGCGUCCGACGGCCUGGACCUGAGUCAGGCGGCGGCGCGCACCAAUGAGUACAAGAUCAUCCGCACUAACGAGAAGGAGCAGCUGCAGGGCCUCAACGACCGCUUCGCCGUGUUCAUCGAGAAGGUGCACCAGCUGGAGACGCAGAACAGAGCGCUCGAGGCCGAGCUGGCCGCGCUGCGGCAGCGCCACGCCGAGCCGUCGCGCGUCGGCGAGCUCUUCCAGCGCGAGCUGCGCGAUCUGCGCGCGCAGCUGGAGGAGGCGAGUUCCGGGCGCGCGCAGGCCCUGCUGGAGCGCGAUGGGCUGGCCGAGGAGGUGCAGCGGCUGCGGGCGCGCUGCGAGGAGGAGAGCCGGGGGCGCGAAGGGGCCGAGCGCGCCCUGAAGGCGCAGCAGCGCGACGUGGACGGCGCCACGCUUGCCCGCCUGGAUCUGGAGAAGAAGGUAGAGUCACUGCUGGACGAGCUGGCCUUCGUGCGCCAAGUGCACGACGAGGAGGUGGCCGAGCUGCUGGCCACGCUGCAGGCGUCUUCGCAGGCCGCGGCCGAGGUGGACGUGUCUGUGGCUAAACCAGAUCUGAGUUCGGCGCUGAGGGAGAUCCGCGCCCAGUAUGAGUCGCUGGCCGCCAAGAACUUGCAGUCGGCCGAGGAGUGGUACAAGUCCAAGUUUGCCAACCUGAACGAGCAGGCGGCGCGCAGCACUGAGGCCAUCCGGGCCAGCCGCGAGGAGAUUCAUGAGUACCGGCGCCAGCUGCAGGCACGCACCAUCGAGAUCGAGGGCCUGCGCGGGGCCAAUGAGUCCCUGGAGAGGCAGAUCCUGGAGCUGGAGGAGCGACACAGUGCCGAGGUGGCCACCUACCAGGAUAACAUUGGGCAGCUGGAGAAUGAUCUGAGGAACACCAAGAGUGAGAUGGCCCGCCACCUUCGGGAAUACCAGGACUUGCUCAAUGUCAAAAUGGCUCUUGACAUUGAGAUAGCAGCUUACAGGAAACUGCUGGAAGGUGAAGAGACACGUUUCAGCACCAGUGGAUUAAGCAUUUCGGGGCUGAAUCCACUUCCCAACCCAAGCUAUCUGCUCCCACCUAGAAUCCUCAGUUCUACCACCUCCAAAGGGUCAGCCACUGGGCUGUCUCUUAAGAAAGAGGAGGAGGAAGAGGAGGCUUCUAAAGUUGCCUCAAAGAAAACCUCCCAGAUAGGGGAAAGUUUUGAAGAAAUAUUGGAGGAGACAGUGAUAUCUACUAAGAAAACCGAGAAAUCAAAUAUAGAAGAAAACACCAUUUCAAGCCAAAAAAUAUAA